ACUCCGCCGCGCACACUCGCACCGAUGCGCGGCUCCUGGGACGAGUCCACGACGGCGGCGCUGCACGCGCGCAUCCUGGAGGCGCACCGCGGGCCCGCCGCGCCCGAGCGCGCCGCCGAGCCUGCCUGCAGCGACCCUCCUACGCCUUUGACGCUGGGCGCCCUCGAGCUGGCCGCUCCGACGCCUCUGCUGCCGCUACCGACGCUCUCCUUCAGCGCCGACCAGGUCGCCACCGUCUGCGAAACGCUCGAGGAGAGCGGCGACGUGGAGCGUCUCGCGAGAUUCCUCUGGUCCCUGCCGGUGGCGCACCCCAACGUGGCCGAGCUGGAGCGUUGCGAGGCCGUGCUGCGCGCGCGGGCCGUGGUGGCUUUCCACGCGGGGCGACACCGGGAGCUAUACUCGAUCCUCGAGCGGCACCGGUUUCAGCGCUCGAGCCAUGCGAAACUACAGGCGCUCUGGUUGGAGGCGCACUACCAGGAGGCCGAGAGGCUGCGCGGCCGCCCGCUCGGCCCCGUCGACAAGUACCGCGUGCGAAAGAAGUUUCCCCUGCCGAGGACGAUCUGGGAUGGGGAGCAAAAAACACACUGUUUUAAGGAGCGAACAAGAUCGCUCCUACGGGAAUGGUAUCUUCAAGACCCUUAUCCGAACCCCACUAAGAAGCGAGAGUUGGCUGCCGCGACAGGGCUGACGCCUACACAGGUGGGCAACUGGUUCAAGAACCGGCGACAGCGGGACCGCGCAGCGGCCGCCAAGAACCGCUCGGCGGUGCUCGGCAGAGGCUUCGCGUCCUCCUCCACCUACGACGAGGACUCGGCUGACUCCGAGAUCAACGUCGACGAGGAGUAG